CCCACGUCAUUGCUCCCGCGAUGCCACUUUGGCCCUUCGACACCAUCGGAGUCCACGACCACCACGCGACACCAUGGCGCGCCUGUCAUAUAGCCCCGCGGCAGUGCCGGGCGCCGGAGGCGACUCCCAGAACAGAGCCGCCGUCGAGCUCUCGCAGCUGCUGUCCCGGCUGCAGCAGAGCGUGCUGCAUCCCACACCCGAGCGCGAACAUCGCCUGCGCACAAGCGAGUACGAGAGGGCCAGGCUGGAGGCGAACCUUGAGUACGCGCGGGCGCAGCUGUUCAAGCUCGAGCAGGACGCCCUAGCUCUCAAGGCACCCACGCGGAGGCUGGAGCUACAAGGCGCCCUCACUGCGCACCAGGACACGUUGGAGACUUUGGUGGACAGGCUAGAGGACCUCAGACAGCUCGCCGAAGAUGACGAAGGCGACGAUAGCUCUGAUGAAGAGGACCUGCUGGCAGAUAUCGUGCCGACGCCCAGCGAAAGCAUGGACUCGACGUCUGCUGAAGCGACAGAAGACCGCCCCGAACAUGAAGCGACCCCCGACCCUCCGUCCCCGACCCCCGCUGCUGUUCCCGAACCACCUCCCGCCCCAACUGCCGCUCCGGCGGCACCGCCCAUAGACGUCUCGCCAACGACGACGAUACCCCCCGUCUCUCUCCCGACUCAGACAUCUCAGACACUACGCUCGCGAAUGGGCACACAAACGCCGACGUCCCAUACUACCGCGCGGGCCGCCCUCUUCGCCAACCGCCGACGCGGCGAGGCGGCCGCCACCACCCCGCAGACGUCCACCGCCACCGCCGAGGCCAUCCUCGACCACCAGCGCGUCGAGCAGGACGUCCUGUCGGACUCGAUCCUCAAGAUGGCGGGCGCCCUCAAGGCCAGCUCGCAGCGCUUCUCGACGACGCUCGAGGCGGACAAGGAGGCGCUCGGGCGCGCCGGCGAGGGCAUGGACCGCACCGAACGCGGUAUGGACGCGACGAGGGGCGGCAUGGGCGCGCUGCGGCGCAUGACGGAGGGGAAGGGCUGGUGGGGGCGCAUGAUCCUCUACGCGUGGGUGUACGGCCUGAUGCUGGCGCUCGUGCUCCUGGUGUUUGUGAUGCCCAAGCUGAGGUUCUGAGGCAUCGCUUUCUGCGCAUGGCGUUAUGAAGGACAGCCUUUUUUUUUUUUUAAACACAUAUGAUAUCACAUGUCUGCGUUUUUAGCGAGAGAGACUGAUGAAAACUUCGAUUCACAUGAA